AGUACACGAUGGAAGUUAGUGCCGGGCGCUCGUGUCUGAGGCAGCUUCGCGAGUGAUGUCGCAGCAUGGUCGCUGCUCGUGCCUUGUUGUGGUGCCUGUGCCUUGCCGCUUUCGGGACGGUGGACGCCGCCAAACACCGCAACCACCAUCCCGUCAACUCAAGACAUAAACAUUCGGAAUUCGUUAAAGGAAAAAUAUGCAUCGGAACGAACGGUCGAAUGUCAGUCCCGUCGAAUCGCGACACCCACUACCGGAAUCUUCGCGAUCGCUUCACCAACUGUACCUACGUAGACGGGAACCUCGAGCUGACAUGGCUGGAGAACGAGUCAAUGGAUUUGUCGUUCCUGAAGUACAUACGAGAGGUGACAGGUUACGUCCUAAUAUCGCAUGUGAAAGUUCACAAAAUCGUCCUGCCCCAGCUGCAAAUAAUUCGUGGGCGGACUCUUUUCAAAUUGAACGUGAGAGAAGAAGAAUUCGCACUCUUGGUUACUAUGUCCACGGCUUUCACCCUGGAGUUACCGGCUCUACGAGAUGUACUCCAAGGAAGCGUGGGUAUAUAUAGUAACUUUAAUCUUUGCCACGUCAAAACUAUUAAUUGGGACGAAAUAAUAUCAGGACCUAACGCAAGUUACGUUUACGUUUAUAAUUUUGCCACUCGGGAAAGGGAAUGCCCGCGUUGUCACCCAGCCUGCAAGAUGGGCUGCUGGGGAGAAGGUAUUGAAAAUUGCCAGAAAUUCUCUAAAACAAUUUGCAGUCCACAGUGUGCGCAGGGACGCUGCUUUGGACCCAAUCCGAGAGACUGUUGUAAUACGUUCUGUGCAGGUGGAUGCACCGGCCCAUUGCCCACUCAAUGUCUAGCUUGCCGAAACUUUUACGAUGAAGGAACAUGCUCACAAGAAUGCCCUUCAAUGCAAAUAUACAAUCCCACCACUUAUUCGUGGGAGCCUAACCCCAAUGGAAAAUAUGCAUACGGUGCGACAUGUGUAAGGAAUUGCCCUGAGCAUCUCUUAAAAGAUAACGGCGCUUGUGUUCGAAGCUGCCCUCCGAAUAAAACUGCCGUGAAUGGAGAAUGUAUACCUUGCGUUGGUACUUGUCCCAAGACUUGUCGAGCUGAAAAACCAAUUCAUUCCGGAAACAUUGAUUCCUUUAAAGACUGUACUAUAAUAGAUGGUUCUAUUGAAAUUUUGGAAAUGACAUUUACUGGAUUCCAGCAAGUGAAUCAGGACUAUUCUUUUGGUGAACGAUAUCCAAAAAUGGAACCAGAUGCUUUAGAAGUAUUCAGCACUGUUCGCGAAGUCACCGGCUAUCUAAAUGUUCAAGCACAUCAUCCGAAUUUCACAAGUCUAUCUUACUUCCGGAACCUAGAAGUAAUAGGAGGACGCCAAGUCGUUGAAAACCUAUUUGCAUCUCUCUACAUAGUCAAAACAUCUUUGAAGUCUCUCGGAUUAAAAUCCUUGAAGAAAGUUAACUCAGGUGCAAUAGCCAUAAUGGAAAACAGAAAUCUUUGUUACGCUGACAAAAUAGCAUGGAAUAAACUUGUGAAAUCUAAGGACCAUAAACAGAUCAUACAGAAGAACGGCGAUCCAAGACAGUGUGAAAAAAACAAUUUGGUAUGUGAUCCACAAUGCUCUGCGGAUGGGUGCUGGGGCCCGGGGCCUGAUCAGUGCCUCUCCUGUCAAAACUACAAUUUCGGCGAAAUCUGUAUCGAUAACUGCAGCGUUCAUCCAGGAUUGUACAAGGCUGACCACAAAAGCUGUAAGCAAUGUCACUCGGAGUGCCUUGACGGAUGCACUGGAGCAAGUCGGGCGAACUGCACCUCCUGUAAGCAUGUCCGAGAUGGCCCUUACUGUGUUGCCCAGUGUCCUGAAUCAAGAUAUGCCUCAGAAAAUGGAACGUGUCACCCAUGUCAUCCUAAUUGCAAUAAUGGUUGCACGGGUCCUGCGAACACUGUCGGAGAAGGCGGAUGUAAUUCCUGCAAUAAAGCUAUAAUAAGUGUUGAAGCCACAGUUGAAAGCUGUCUCAAGGAAGACGAACCGUGUCCAGACGGGUAUUAUAACGAGUGGGUCGGUAACGUUAAACCUUUAGAAGGAAAAGUGAAAAUAGCGUGCAGAAAAUGCCAUCCCCUAUGUAUUAAAUGUGUAGGAUUUGGAAUCCAUGAACAAGUAUGUCAAGUAUGUAACGGUUUCAAAAGAGGGGAUCAAUGUGAGGAUGAGUGUCCAUCAGAUCAUUUCACUGAUGAAAUCGGCAGAAAUUGUACACCUUGUCACUCAGAAUGUAAAGGCUGUACUGGACCUGGUCCCACAGAUUGCAUCAAAUGUAAAAAUCUAAAGAUAUUCUUGGGUGGUUCUGAUGCGAGCGACGAAAACGCUCCAUUCAACUGCACUGAUACAUGUCCAGAUAAUAUUCCUAAUAAAAUAUAUUUUGAUGAACAAUUACAAGACCCAAUCGAAGAGCCGUAUUGUUCUGAACACGCCAAUGAUAUCCCAACCGCAACUGCAAGAACAUCAACAGUUUUAGUUAUAAUUCUGGUCAUAGCUUCCUUGUUCUUGGCGGUUCUUGCCAUAAUUGGAUAUAAUUUCCGUCAAAAAGCAAAAGCAAAGAAAGAAGCUGUCAAAAUGACGAUGGUGUUGACAGGGUGUGAAGACAACGAACCACUGCGUCCAACUAACGUCAAACCAAAUCUUGCCAAAUUAAGAAUAGUAAAGGAAGCUGAGCUUCGCAGGGGUGGUAUGUUAGGAUUUGGUGCUUUUGGAAAAGUAUACAAGGGCGUAUGGGUUCCUGAGGGAGAAAACGUUAAAAUACCUGUCGCUAUAAAAGUGCUAAAAGAGACAACAGGUGCGAACACUAGUAAAGAAUUUUUAGAAGAAGCUUACAUAAUGGCUAGCGUCGAACAUCCAAACCUAUUACAACUUCUAGCUGUAUGCAUGACCAAUCAAAUGAUGCUCAUCACUCAGUUAAUGCCGUUGGGGUGCUUAGUUGACUAUGUGAGAACACAUAAAGAGAAAAUAGGAUCGAAAGCAUUCCUUAACUGGUGCACACAAAUAGCUAGAGGAAUGGCAUACUUAGAAGAAAAAAGAUUAGUGCACAGGGAUUUGGCAGCCCGUAAUGUUUUAGUACAAACUCCCAACUCAGUUAAAAUAACUGAUUUUGGACUAGCCAAGCUAUUAGAUAUAAAUGAAGACGAGUACAAAGCAGCUGGAGGUAAAAUGCCAAUAAAAUGGUUGGCACUAGAAUGUAUACAACAUAGAAUUUUCACCCACAAAAGUGAUGUUUGGGCUUUUGGUGUUACAAUUUGGGAGAUUCUCAGUUAUGGCGCCCGACCUUACGAGAAUAUCUCAGCACGAAAUGUACCCGAACUAAUUGAAAAUGGAUUGAAAUUACCGCAACCGAGUAUUUGCACGUUGGACAUUUAUUGUGUUAUGGUAUCAUGUUGGAUGUUAGAUGCGGAUAGCAGACCGACCUUCAAACAACUAGCUGAUACAUUCGCUGAAAUGGCGAGAGACCCUGGUAGAUAUCUUGUUAUUCCUGGAGACAAGUUUAUGCGCCUUCCAUCCUACUCGACACAGGUAGAUGAAAAGGAAAUGAUAAGAAAUUUGUCAUCGGCUAUGGAAGGUCCAGAAUCACUAGUUGAUGCCGACGAAUAUCUACAACCUAAAUUCAAAAGUAUGACAGGUACAGUGACGACCAACUCCGCUCUCAGUGCGGGCAUGGAAACCCAAACCAGCUCACUGAAACCCUGUACAUCUUCUUCGUGGCCUAAUAAUGCUGGUCAAGACGGGGUCCCCGACCCAUCUACUAAGCCUGAAAAUUGGGAUCACGAAAUGUUGCGAUACAACAAUCAACUGAAUCCCGAUGGCUCAGAAGUACGUCAUUACUAUAAUAACGGCGUAUGCGCGUCUGACACUUCGAGUUCGAGAUAUUGCAGCGAUCCUAUGAAAACGAGAACCGAAGUAUCUUUGGAAGAUAACUUCGACGGCAUGUCCAAGGCAAAAGAAGCUCAAGUCGGUAAUUUAAAACUGAACUUACCGUUGGACGAAGAUGACUACUUGAUGCCUUCCCCACAACAUACUCAGAACGCUUCGACGUAUAUGGAUCUGAUCAGCGAAGGCUGCGAAGGACAAGACGUUAACGACAUCCGUUUCGGGGAAUUCGUGAGUUCUAAACGUUGCAUCGACAACCCUGAAUACUUAAUGUCAGAAGAAAGCGUACCGCCUCAGACGUUGGGUAUCCCGACCGAACCAGUUCCACUGGAGUCACUGUCCGCGAGCGAAGAAAGCGCCGAUACCACACCUCGUCCAGGUACUAGCAAUUAUAUGCCGCAGCGUUCUGUAGAGGAGGAGUCCAUGUCAGACCACGAGUACUACAAUGAUCUGCAACGAGAGCUCCAACCUCUACGACGGAAUGAAACGACCGUCUGAAUGCAAUUACACAGCACACGAUCCAUUUGCAAUUAAUCUGUACUACACCAUCUCCGACCAGGAAUGUUACCACCGUUGCUAUGAUCAUCUGGGUUUAAAUAUGAGUUGUGUGGAUUUGAUAAUUAUUAUAACAUUUAAUUGUGCGCGUCGCAUCUGUCUAGCGUCUAGCAGAGUAUUGUAAUUUCUCUUAUCUCAAUUGUUUAUGGGCAAGAGCGCGCGCGCAAAUCCCGUGCCAUUGGACGAUGGCUAGUGUUGGAUCGAUCGUAGUCUAAAGAGAAUUUAUACUAACAUAGGAAAACCAAUUUGUUAAUUUGUUUAUAAUCAUUAAUAUUUUUUUUGUAAAGAUACUGUUAAAACUUUAUGAUUUGUAAAAAAUAUAUAUAAUUUCUAUAGUGUGUUUUGUACACCUAACAAAAGAUUUAAGUUAUUUAUUAAUUUAGUUUAAGAAUGGCUAUGUUUAGUUCUCUCGGAUGCUAUUUGUUUAGCUUAAAGAGCAUUAUUUUUAUUUUAAAACUGUGAUAAUUAGUUUAAUUUCGAUACAUUGCGGACCAGUGAUUUUUUUUUAUUAUGUCCACUGUCUGAAAAUUAUGUGAAUAAGCAUUUUGCACUUUACAUAAAUGAAUACAGAUAGAUAGAAAAAUGCAAAUAAAAAUACAGCGUAUUAAAGUACUGAUUUUUUUUUGAGUUUACUGUAACAUUGCAAAAUGUUUAGAAUUACAGUAAGACCCCGCUUAGCUUAUUCUUUAGCUAGAUAUAGCGUAAUAUUAUACAGCGUUAUACGAGAUUUUCUCGUCAUGCAAAUAAUGUAAAGUUAGGAAAGACGGGUUCCUAAUCGUCUUUAUGGUCAAAUAUUUUACCAUUCAGUUUAUAGAUUAUGUAUUUUAUAACAGUAAAACAAAAAUGUAUUUCUUACAAAUAUAGAAACAUAAUAAACGAAUAUACUAUAUAUAAAUAUAUAAACAAAAUUCUAAGUAUCUUUCCAUUUCAGGCCAUUCUUCUCUUCAGUAUUUCCAAUUUUCUGCCUUAAGAAUAUUGUUUAUUGUUGAAGUUUCCAAAUCUCCGAUUGACGUUGACCAGUAUCUAAUCUUUUAAUCCAUUGCAUCUUAGUUUCUGGUGAAAUUCUUUUUCUUGUUGCUUUAUCUUCGCAUUUAAUUAUUACCCAACAUAAAAACUUCAAAUCAUAAUAUUUGUUAGUAUAUCAAUUGUCAUAUUGUAUAAAUUUAUACUUACAAUAACGUCAAGAAAUGUUUGAUACGAUAAAAAUACGUUCCAAUAACACCACAGGAAAGAAGAAACACAGAUAAAUAGCUUCGAAUAUCGGAAAGCCUCACGCUGCGUGCAAUUUCGAGGAAUCCCACAAUUUAGAUAAAAUAGCGUUAAACCGAAAAAGCGCUAAACGAAACAGCAUCAAGCUGGGUCUUACUGUUAUUAUUUUGUUUUUACAUUCCAUAAUACCUUCAUAGUGGAACAAAGAUAUGCGUUUUCUCGUAAACAAUUUUACUGUAAGAGAAGCGACUAAUUCCAUUAAAAUUAAUUCCAUAAUAAAUAUAAGAGCACUAAGUCUUGCCUUGCAAGUUCAAAAUGUAUAAUAAUAAUCGAGUCACUGAAUAUUGCCGUGAGCCGCUACUAAGCCUAGUUUACUUUUCGUAAGUGUAUAUUAUAUAGCAAAGAUAAAAUGACAUUGAUUUAUCGGAAAUACAAUUUCGAAGCACAAAACGAGCUCAAAUUAUUUCCAUGCUAAUGCAAUUUAAACAUAGUUUUAGUCGUGUAUUUGAUUUAAGUCCUCGUUUGCCAUGUAACAUGUAAAUACCGAUUAUGUUUGUAAAUAAAAUAUAUGUAUAUAUUAAGUGUUCACAGCAACUUUAGUGAACACAAUCAGCUGUUUUUUAGUUUAGUUAAGCCUCGUUCUUUCAUACACAUCACAUUCUAGUACUUAACGUUGUGAUAAAUUCGAAUUAUAAUAUAAAACGCAGGUCGAUUUGUAGAAAUUGUUAUGUCGUAACGUGAAAUUCAACGAGGUUAUAUUUAAAUACAUUAUAAAUUCUAAUCGAAUAGCUAUUUUUGUUCUAAAUUUAAGUGUGCCAUUAAAUAGAUAAACAUUUUUUUUUUAUUCAUCGUUGUAAUUUCGUUCAACGUGUUCUUAAUUCGACUACUUUUCUAGUAUAGUAAAACCUUUCGAAAUAUAAUAUUAAUUACUUUUAUUGGGUACAUAAUAUAGUUUUAACGUCAUAACGUUAAAUAUUCUUAAAAACACGUUGAAUGAUCCAUUCCAUGUUGCGUUUUGUGGUAUGAAAUAUUGAAUAUUAAAUUAAGAUUUUUUACAUGGCUAACAUUGUUUUCUGUGUAGAUAAAUUAUAGGUAUCGUGUACCUUAAUAAAUGGAGAAAAGUAAA